AUGAGAGUUCAAUUCAUGUAUCUAACAUUUUUCGGAAUUUUCGGGCUUGCUCCCUUCAAGAUAAGAAUCACUAAAAAUCAUCGACUCAAAUUCUUCCGUUCAAAAAUUGGAAUCCUCUAUGUGGUUUUUUUGAUCUUCCUAAUCUUAGGACUAAGCUCUUUAUAUUUUUGGACUAUGCACUACACCCGAGUUCCUAAUGAGAGUUCAACCACUAGAAAGAUCAGAAUAUCUAUGAAAGUUGCUGGAGCAGUGGCGAUAGUUGUAAUUUGGGCGAAUUACUGUUUAAAGCACUCAAAAAUGAUCAAAACUGUUAACACCUUCAUGUUGAUGAACGCCAAAACAGUUUACACCGAUGAACUCAACAAAUCUUGGAAGAAAUAUUCCGCAUUUUACAUUUUGGUCUUCUUGCACUUAAUUCUAAGCGCUGGAAAUUUGUACACGAGUUAUGUAUCAUAUCAAGAAAGGUUUGACAUAAGAAUGUUGACCAAUGUCUUCGACUUUGUUAUCUGCUUGCAUAUCUUGCAAUACGCCAUAAUUUUGGGAAUCAUUAAGAUAAAGUUAAAGGAAUUACGCUUGAAGCUUUCACAGCUAUCAAAUGAUUACGGAAUUGAAAGAUAUGUCACUUUUGUGACUAUCAAAAAAGAUACCACUACUCUGUUAAAGUUUUCGACAAUUCGUCAAGGUCAUGCUGUUCUUUUGGAUGUUUGUGAUGAUGUUUCAAAAUUAUACGGAAGUUCUAUUCUUUUUUCGUUGACCUACGCCUUUGGAGUUACUGUUUACUAUUCAUACUAUGCUUUGUCGCACAGUAUGAUUUCAGCUGAGAAAUCUUGGAUUGAUACCAUCGAUGCUGUUUUACCACUUAUCAGCGUUGUUGUUGCCGUAACUGCUAUUUGCAUUCUAGCGAAUAACGUUACUGAUCAGGUUAAUGCUCAAAUUUCCAGAUGUUAUUUACAAGCUAUUAGAUGUCCGUUUUUUCCAGCGGGAAAUCAAAACAGAGAAAUAUUUUCAUAUCAAGUGUCACAUCAAAAAAUUACGUUUCAAGCUUGUAGUUUGUUUUCAAUUGACUGUGGAUUAUUGCGAUCAGUAAUUACCAUGACUAUGAUAUCCAUUACUAUGAUAAUUGUUUUGAUGGUAACCGUUGCUACGGUAACAACUUGCAUGGCAACCGUUGCUAUAGUAUCAAUUUCCGUGGCAACCGUUGCUACGGUAAUAAUUUCCAUGGCAACUGUUGCUAUAAUAACUACUUCCAAGAUAAUUGUUGCUGUGGUUACUAAUUUAGUAUGA